AUGAGCAACAAAUCGUGCAUUUUUGCUGCCUAUUUUCAGCUUGGGGAUGUCAACACCAUUCCACAGCUGUCUUCAAUAGAGUUCGAAAAGCGUCCUGAAGGAGGGGAAUCCUUGCCUGGUUGGCGAGCUAGGGACGGGCGCAUGCCAGCGUGGCACCCAAGGAAUGACACCACAAGUGGCGCUAAAUGGCUAGUUACUCAUCAGGCGAACUCAAACGUCAUCCCAAAGUCUGACAUUUUCCAACCAGCAAUAUUCGCUGAAGAGAGCCCGAGCAAGUACUCGGAAAGUGCUCGCCCUUUGUUCAUGCAAUGUUGCCCAGACUUGGAGUUCUCCCGGCACGCAUUGCAAAAUAUCCAUAGGGGCGGCAUCAUUCUCGGCAACAAGCAAAUAAUGAAUUGGUCAGAGAGUGGAAAUUAUAGGCCCUUGCAUGUAGCAAGAGAAGAGCCUGAAUUCCACCCAAUUCGCAUCAUUUCACUUGGUGCCUUCCCGGGCAGUUUCGUUACUGAACACAUUGCCAUCUACAAUAGAGACAUUGUAUACAGACACUGGGUCUCUUCAUCGACGGACCCACGGAUGCGGAAAAGAACCAUGCUCAACAUCAUAGGUCCUUCCAACCUGAUACGUUUCGAAAUGAGAAACUUGAACACGCGUAAAUCAGAGACUCUCUUGGAGUUGGUUUAUCUGUGUGAUUGGAUGCUUCCAUGA